AUGUUGGACCAAACGGAUAAUGGGCACGUCGCAAGUGGAAAGGCGGAUUCCUCCGAUGCUGUUGCGGAUCAUGGCACCAUGGAAACCGCACUCGCAACUCCCCCUUCCCCACGCAAUCACACCCCUCCCCCGUCGCUUUCUCUCCCCUUCCCCCUCGCUAGCGCGCUCGUUUCCCCCCACGCGCGCCCAGCUCCUCCCCCUCACGAGCACUCCCCUUCCUUGUCGCCCGCGGUCCCCUACCCCGUCUCUCUCUCUCCCCUCGCCCCACACUAUCACUCCCCUUCCCUGUCGCGUUCACUCCCCCCCUACUUCCUAUCACUCCGCUUCCAAGUCACAAGCACUCCCUCUCCAAUCGCGUAUCACUCCCCUUCCCCAUCUAUGGGGACCCGCUCCCCCCACCGCUCGCACUGCCCUCCCCCCGUGCCCGUUCCCCCCCACACGUGCCCUCCACUUCCCCUCGGACCCGCUUCCCCCACCGCUAGCACACCCCUCCCCCGUCGCUAUCACUCCCUCCCCGUCACUAUCACUCCCCUUCCCCGUCACUGUCACUCCCCUUCGUUGUCGCGUUCCCUCCCCUCCCCCCUCGCUCGUGUGCACGUCCAACCCCCAUGCGCGCCCUCCCCUUCCCCCGUCACUAUCACUCCCCUUCCUCGACGCGCUCUCUCCCCUUCCCCCUCGCUAGCGUGCCCGUUGCAAUCCCCGUCCCGAGCCUUCCCCUUCCCCUUAGCAAAGACCCCACUUCCGCGUUGCUAUCUCUCCCUUCCGCCCACAAUAGCUCUCCCUUUCCCCACCGCUAUCACUCCCCUCCCCCGUCACUGUUACUCCCUCCCCAUCACUAUCAUUCCCCUUCCCCGUCACUGUCACUCCCCUUCGUUGUCGCGUUCAUUCCCCUUCCCCCGUCACUAUCACUCCCCUUCCUCGUCCCAGUCUCUCCCCUUCCCCCUCGCUAGCGUGCCCAUUGCAAUCCCCUUUGCACGCCCUCCUCCUCCCCUUCCGCAAAGACUCCUUUUUUCGCGUCGCUAUCUCUCCCUUUCCCCCUCGAUAGCUCUCCCUUUCCCCACCGCUAGCACACCCCUCCCCCGUCGCUAUCAUUCCCUCCCCGCUACUAUCACUCCCCUUCCCCCUCGCGACCAUUCCCCUUCCCCGUCACUAUCACUCCCCUUCGCUGUUGCGUUCCCUCCCCUUCCCCCUCGCUCGCGUGCACGUUCCCCCCCCAUGCGCGCCCUCCCUUUCCCCCGUCACUAUCACUCCCCUUCCUCAUCGCGGUCUCUCCCCUUCCCCCUCGCUAGCGAGCCCGUUGCAAUCCCCUUUGCACGCCCUCCCUUUUCCUUCGCAAAGACUCCCCUUCCAUGUCGCUAUCUCUCCCUUCCGCCCACGAUAGCUCUCCCUUUCCCCACCGCUAUCACUCCCCUCCCCCGUCACUGUCACUCCCUCCCCGUCACUAUCAGUCCCCAUCCCCGUCACUGUCACUCCCCUUCGCUGUCGCGUUCACUCCCCUUCGCCCUCGCUCGCGUGCACGUUCCGCCCCCAUGCGCGCCCUCCCCUUCCCCCGUCACUAUCACUCCCCUUCCUCGUUCCGGUCUCUCCCCUUCCCCCUCGCUAGCGUGCCCGUUGCAAUCCCCUUCGCACGCCCUCCCCUUCCCCUUCGCAAAGACUCUUUUUUUCGCGUCUCUAUCUCUCCCUUUCCCCCUCGAUAGCUCUCCCUUUCCCCACCGCUUGCACUCCCCUCCCCCGUCGCUAUCACUCCCUCACCGUCACUCUCACUCCCCUUCCCCGUCGCUAACUCCCCCCUUCCUCCUCGCGAGCACUCCUCCUCCUCGUCGCGUUCUCCCCUACUUCCCGCAUGCUAUCUCUCCUCUUCACGGCCGCACGCACGACCCUUCCCCCGCCUCCUAUCAUUUCCCUUCCCCAUCGCCUGCUCUCCCCUUCCCCAUCGCUCGCACUCCCAUUCCCUUUGCUAUCUCUCCCCUUCACACUCGCUUGAACGACCUUUGGCCCCAACAUACAUCUCCCCUUCUGCGUCUUUAG